AUGCAAAAACUCACGAUCCUUCUAUUACUGAUUGUUUCCUUUAGUUUCACUACUGCUGUGUUAGCAUGGAGUGGUGGGGAUCCAAGCGGGUACUCUGCGACGGUCGGACAAACUGCAUACGUCCCAUUGCCUGUAGCAGCGACUUUCCGGAGACAAGUGAAGAAUGCCAAAGGAAAAACCAUGGAGCAUAUUUAUAGAGUAUGCAAUGGAAAGAAUAAGAAGACUUGUGGAUUUUGGGAGGAUGUUAAUACAAAAAAGAAGGUGGCGACUGGAGUGACCACUUAUAACAAAAAGAGUAAACGUUUGGUGAUAAAGAAUGUUCGAGAGAGUGAUGCAGGGAUUUAUUUGACUGGAAAUAAGAAUUGGGAGUUUCAACUUUUCGUUUAUUAG